GCGGGUAAACAUCAGUCUCGUGCGCCCAGUACUCCUACUACUAGUUUCCCCCACGCGCCUUUUGAUAUUAUAUUCCUUUUUUAUUUAAAUUAAAAUUAAUAUCUUCUACUCGUUCAAAGAUGAGACUACUCUCAACCCUAGUUGAAUAGAAUCUUUUUUAUUUUAUUUAGUGGUUGUGGGGAGCUAGCAAUUCGACUUCCCUGCUCCUGAUCACGACAUCGCUCUUGGCCGUCCCGUCAUUUCACUUUAAAUCUACCCACUCGACCAGCAUUUCCCUCCAUUAUCAAUUUCUCCACAGGCUCUGAUGGACCUUGCUUGAGUUCGCAUUGACAUCAACCUUCCUCUCUCUACAUCUUCUUUUCUUUUCCUCCCUCCAUCCGGCUCUUUUCACCUUACCCCCUGCUUGAUCUCAAAUCACUGGUGAUCUAUAGUUUUAUACACUUUGGGCUAGUCCCGCCCCGACCCUACAUACUCAACUCCCAUCAGGAGCAAUCAUGUCGGGCGAUACCAAAACCAAGGUCGGUCACGGCCUAGCUAAGGCCUUGGGGAUCAAGAUCGGCUACCGGGAUCCUUUGGGAGCCCAUUCAGACCCGGUUACACGAGGCGAGUCGACUUUCUCCAUGGGAACUGUCGACACAUACUCCUAUCUUGAACCUGAGCCUACUUCCGGGGAGUGGCUUCUAGAGCUCUGCCCAACCUGGUCACAGGUAGCCCAUUAUUUCUACAGCCUUUUCCCCUUCCUUUCGUGGAUCACGAGGUACAAUAUGCAGUGGUUUCUGGGGGACUUGAUUGCUGGCGUGACAGUUGGUGCUGUAGUCGUUCCGCAGGGUAUGGCUUACGCGAAAUUGGCAGAGCUUCCUGUGGAGUAUGGCCUGUAUUCAUCCUUCAUGGGUGUCCUUAUCUAUUGGUUUUUCGCCACGUCGAAGGAUAUCACCAUUGGUCCGGUGGCUGUCAUGUCUACCCUGGUAGGUACAGUGGUGACCGAGGCGCACGAAAAGAUUCCCGAUGUUGAACCGCAUGUAAUCGCCUCCUGUCUGGCUAUCAUUUGUGGAGCGAUUGUUUGCGCCAUGGGUCUGCUGCGACUAGGAUUCAUCGUGGACUUUAUUCCUCUGCCGGCAAUCUCAGCCUUCAUGACGGGUUCCGCUAUCAACAUCUGUUCCGGUCAGGUCAAAGACAUGCUGGGAGAGACGGCAAGCUUUUCGACAAAAGAUUCUACAUACCUGGUGAUCAUCAACACGCUGAAGCAUCUUCCCUCUGCAAAACUCGAUGCCGCCAUGGGUGUCACUGCCUUGGCUAUGCUUUACUUAAUCCGCUCGGGCUGUAAUUUUGGCGCGAGGAAGUUCCCCCGUCACGCCAAGGUCUGGUUCUUCGUAUCGACUUUGCGGACCGUGUUCGUGAUCUUGUUCUAUACAAUGAUCAGUGCAGCCACGAAUCUGCACCGGCGGGAUAAUCCCGCAUUCAAGCUCCUGGGGAAGGUUCCUCGGGGUUUCCAACAUGCGGCGGUCCCUCAGGUGAACAGCAGGAUUAUCAAGACUUUUGCUAAUGAGCUUCCUGCUUCCGUUAUCGUCCUGCUGAUCGAACACAUUGCUAUCUCCAAGUCCUUUGGCCGUGUCAACAACUACACCAUUGAUCCAUCCCAGGAGCUGGUCGCAAUUGGUGUGUCGAACCUGCUUGGACCAUUCCUCGGCGGGUACCCAGCAACUGGAUCGUUCUCCCGGACCGCAAUCAAAUCGAAAGCUGGUGUCCGCACCCCGCUUGCCGGUGUCAUUACCGCGGUGGUUGUCCUUCUUGCCAUCUACGCUCUGCCCGCUCUCUUCUUCUAUAUCCCGAAAGCUUCCCUUGCUGGUGUCAUCAUCCACGCGGUCGGCGAUCUGGUCACGCCGCCAAACACGGUGUACCAAUUCUGGCGUGUUUCGCCCCUGGAUGCGAUCAUCUUCUUCAUCGGUGUUUUUGUUACCGUUUUCACCACAAUUGAAAUCGGAAUCUAUUGUACGGUCUGUGUGUCGGCGGCAAUACUGCUUUUCCGCGUCGCCAAAGCCCGCGGUCAAUUCCUCGGACAAGUCACAAUCCACUCGGUGGUUGGUGACCACUUGGUCCAGGAGGAUGGGAAAUAUGGGUCUGGCAACUCCCCCAAUACCCCUGGCGACGGCAAAGAUGGAUCAGGUCGGUCUAUCUUCCUGCCUAUCAACCACACGGAUGGAUCGAAUCCCGAUAUCGAGGUGCAGCAGCCUUACCCUGGUAUCUUCAUCUACCGAUUCUCCGAAGGAUUCAACUACCCCAACGCCAAUCACUACACGGACUAUCUGGUCGACACGAUCUUUAAGAACACGCGUCGCACAAAUCCUUUCUCGUACGGCGAACCGGGCGAUCGACCCUGGAACAACCCAGGCCCUCGCAGGGGCAAGGCCGAAGAAGACCGAUCGCAUCUACCCAUACUGCAGGCUGUCAUCCUUGACUUCUCGUCUGUCAACAAUGUUGAUGUGACCUCUAUCCAGAACCUCAUCGAUGUCCGCAACCAACUCGACCUCUACGCUUCCCCCAAGACUGUGCAGUGGCAUUUUGCUCAUAUCAACAAUCGCUGGACCAAGCGAGCCCUUGCAGCUGCCGGUUUUGGCUUCCCAUCCCCUGACUCCGGCGACGGAUUCCAUCGGUGGAAGCCAAUCUUCAGCGUUGCCGAGAUUGAAGGCCGUGCCUCUGCUGCUGCCCACGCAGAGAUGGUGAACAACGAGCACGUCCAGCAGCAGGGCCUCAAGAGCGAGGAUCUCGAGCAUGGCUUCAAGCAUGAUUCACAUGCCGUGGAGCGGGAGACUCACGGUAUUGAAGAGUCUUCCGAUAGCAGCAGCACUGAUGACAAAUUGCAACAUGAUCUGAAGAACAGCAAAGCAUACCGCAAUCGCCGAAAGGUCGCUUUGGUCCAGGGUCUCAACCGGCCAUUCUUCCACAUUGACCUGACUAGUGCAUUGCAGAGUGCCCUAGCCAACGCGGGUGAUGAUCCAGACCCUAAGAUGAAUGUUCUCAAUGCAUAGUCAUAUCUUAUUUUUCUUAAUAUUUCCCUGUCACUUAUGCUAAACUCCCU